AGUGAAGAUACUUGAUACAAGAGUGUCGGCAUAUUCCAUUUGAUUUUGAUCUUGUCAACUCUAGAAUGAUCGUGCAAAAAUGAAAAUCGUCUUCAUCGUUUGAUAUAUUUCAUCUCAUCUCCUACCUUUAGUUUAUGUUUUGGUUUUGGAUCAUGACUUGUUUUCCGUCCGUAUUUAUACGUAGACACUGCAAGCUAUUGUCAUAGAUAUAUUUACUACGUACGAUAGUGCCACGAGCACGACUAAAUUCUUUAUUUUUCUACAUCACAAAGAAAGGCCGGCAUUUGCAUGCCACCUCAGCCCUGACCUUAUGUCAACAGACAAAAGAAUGUGCACAAUUAGAAAGAUUGAAAGAAGCCGGGCUAAGGUCCUGCAUUGGAUUCUUUUUCUCGUCGCCGGGGGAUUUUUCGAUACCUGGCAAGCAAUCGCAACGGGCAUUCGUGGAAAAACCGCCACGGCUUCUGCCACUUUAAGUAGGCAGGAAGACGCUUCAGCUUUUUCCAGACCUAGCAGUGCCGGCGAUGCACAUCCGGUCGCUUCUCCGGUCCGCAAAAUAAAGACUGACGCGAAGCAGAUCCUGGGCGGCCCCCGCAGCUGGGAAAUGCAAUCUUUCGCCCAGCAGCUCCUCGCCAAUGCUCUUGACGAAGGUAAAGAGCCAGGAACUGAAGGCACUGGAGAAUCAUCUGGGUCGACUUCCUCUGCUUCGCCGGCUUCCAAUUAUGCAAAUGACAGUGUAAGUGUUGUUACUCCAGAUGCUGACGUGCGGAGGAACCAUAAAGGUAACAAAAUCUUUGCGCCAAGAGCCUGGGCGGCUUCAGGACGACGCGCCGCAGACGAGCUAAACCGAGCGGCGUCGCAGGUCGUGUCAUCGAUCACUCCAAGCGACAGUAACACAGAGGAAGAUGCGACCCUCCUCAUCCAUAGCGGACGAGAUGUAGAUGAUCCCAGCUUGUUAAUGUCCUUGCUUGCUAAGGCGAAGGCGACAACUAGGCAAGAUGAAGCACUAGUAGCUAAGCGCCGCGAAGGUGGUGAAUCAGCUUUCCCGAUCGUCGAGAAAUACGCUGCUCUAGAAGGAAAGGGCUCGAGCAUCCUCGAGCGGCAAGCCUCUCUUCAGGUUCAGCAACAAAGUUCAUCUACGACUGGUGCUGCUCCUGAACUCACGACACGCACCGUGCCUGAAGUGCAGCAGUCGUAUUCGCAUCCAGAAGCAGGAGGAGCAAGUAACCCAAAUGGCUCAUAUUUCGUCCAACCCGAGAACUGUCUGAUGCCCAUGCCACCUUUUCCGGGAACAGCAGCAGAACGACUGUACAGUAACGGCGCACCAUCGAUUCGUGUUCAGGACGAAUUGUGCAACUCCUCUUAUUUUCAGUGCAGCGGCGAGCCACUCGAUAACUUUUUCGCACAAUACGGCAGUGCGUACUUCGUCUGCCCGCCACAAAGAGGCGAGCGAACGCCAUGGCCACCGGUGCCGGAGAUGAUGAACUCUUCUCAUUUUUUCCAAUCUUCGUGGUCGGGACCUUCAGAAAGCGCUGCUGGCGCAGCUAGCACACCGUUUCUACAUGAGAGCAUGAUCGGCCGAGGUCCUUCGUCAGCGAUGCAUCAUGAAGACUGGCAUGUGAGACAAGAUUCCGCCAUGGCCGCUGCUGCACACGUCAAAAGCUGCAUCGAACAUGUCAGAGCGCUAGCGGCGCAGGCUGUAGAAAGGAAAACGACGACGCUUGACCUGAAUACCUCUGGUGCGGCUUCAAGCUCUUGCGGAAGUGUUCCUCAGCCCGCUGGAUUAGGACAUCAAGCACGACAAGGGGCAUCUGCCUCUAGUUGUGCUUCCGACUCUCUCCUAGCUAGGCAUGAUUCGGACGACCCACAAUUCGACUACGCAAAUCCAGAUCAUGAUCAGCAGGUCUUCCGUGACUACAGCUACUUUGACGUAUCACCAAAGCCUCCUGUGAUCUGUGACGAUCCAGCUUUUCAUGAUGCGACAGGAAGUGCAUGGGACGACACAUCAGAGACAGAAUCCCGGCACGGGCAGCCGCCGGAAGGAUGGAUUUGGGUUCCGAAGGCGAAGCAACAACUGGCUGCUGACGUUGAGCCCGAGGAAACUGCAACCAGCAACAUGCGAGACGGCCGGAAACGCAAAUCACCCAAGAAGCGUAAGCAAGAUCAUGGAGAUGCGCUGUUCAGGCGUCAGUCUGCCAUCGCAACCACAGGCGUCAGUCCGCGAACGCAACCACCAGAAUUCAUUUCGAGGGAUGGCACUGGCCAGCAUGAACUGCAGUCGGCUGAGCAGCAUGCAGAUGCAGCAGAAGAUGCAAAUAAGGAACGGGAACGGCCAAGUUCUGGGGGUCAUCCAUAUGAGGCUCCUUUCUCACACGCUGGAGCAGCGCACAAGACCACCGGAUGCAACGGCUAUACCGCAGGCCAACGCACUGCCUAUUACGCAGGCCAGUCCAUUCACCACGUGGAAGCAGGGGCAGGCACCAGUCACGUUGCAGAUCGACAGCCAGCGCCAGACGAGGUACCUCCUGAGUACCAAGCGUUGUGUUCCACCUACACGCAAUCACGGCAACAGCUCCCGCACGCAGGUCGACCUUAUCCGUCCCCUGCAGCUGCUCCGCCCCCGGGUUUUGUUUUUGCCGACGAGUACGGGACGCCGCUUGCUUCGGGAGGUCCUUUGGAACUGACACGUCAACUCCCUCCAAUGCCGACGCCUCCAGAUUUUUGGGUCUGGAACAACCGUACAAAUCACUACGAAACAAUCAUGCAGCCCGGCACCAGUUCUAGUUUGUGCACAACGAUGUGGAGCAGGGGCCGAACUGAAGUUGUCAAGUCGGGAAUAUUGUGUUGUGCAGCCGAAUCGUUCAGGCGCGCAGAUGCAGCGGCUGGUGCGCACCACAGCGGGACCACGGAGAGCCAUUUCGUGGACCGGACUAUGGCAACGACGCUGCCAACGGUCACGGUGCGCGAAGCGGCGGAGAGGUGGUUGGCUAUGCAGGCACGGCAAAGCUUGAAGGCGGGAGCAGAGACGCGAUCGAGUUCUGUUCACAAUCAAGGUUCUUCUAUCACCAGUUCCAGUUGUACCGAUCAGGCCAACAUGACUUCGCAGCGUGCGGGCACUUCGUCGUCAUCAUCUGACGUUACCGGUAGGGAAACUUCAGUGACGGCGGCCAACAUCCGGAAAAAAGAAAGACAGAAGGCAGACAAGAAACUGAAAUCAAAGGCUCGAGGUUCUUGUGAGGACCAUGGGCUUUUUGCAGAUGGCACCUACACUACGAAAGAAGACGCGAGGUUCAGCGGUAGUGCAAAGAGCGCUCCUGCUGCAACAAAGACCAAGAAAAAGAAAAAGCGCGCAGCGAAGAAACCUACCGCACUUGAACUUGUUCGACCGGUGUUACCUGUAGGCGAACAAUCGCGGUACUUCUACGGAAGCCCCCAGAGCGCUUCCGGAACAUCAGGAAGCAGCGCAGCUCACCUUUCCGAUCGUGCAAUCGCAAGGCCAAAACCAAGGCCGAAGUUCCUCUGCGGACCGGGGAGCCACAUUAAGUCGCUCGUACGGCGAUGCGGCGCUGGGUCUUCCGGACCGUUGUCUGGCUUUUUGCCGCCCCUACAGAUGAUGGAACCUGUCCCGGAAACUGACUCUGUAGACGAGCAAGAGGAAUCGCGAGAGGAAAAUCUGAUUUUUUCCUUUCCAGGACCAGGCAUGGGCGAUAAAGAUAACCAGGGUAAAAUCAAAGCAGACAAUGGCACCGUGCUGGAGGUGGAGAAAGCGCAAACAGAAACAUCAGCCCCGUCUAUUGGCUCUGCCUCCUCUUCUUCCAAUAGCGGAUCUUCGUUUGAAUUCCCGCUCUCGCUAGAGAGUCCAGCAAGUACAGGAGAAUUUUUGGAAGAUUCUGCAACAGUGUCUACUCUGGCUGUCUCAGGCCGUGGCUCAACCCAACAAAUAGGCUCAGCGCCGGUCACGUUGAAUCCUGCCGCCUGGCUGAACGGCGCCACGCCUGAGGUUUUAGCAUCAGACAUUGAUCAGCGAGAUGAUCAAGAUCAUUUCCCGAAAGACAUGCACAUGGAGUGGCUCACGUCGAGCUCGAGCAAAGAAGACCUGAAUCCGCCCGAAAAAUUGUCGAUAUCGCGCCAGUCCACUGCUUCCCCUGCUGGUCCGCGACCCAUGGAGACUAGCGCUCCUUCGAGUCCGACUGAGAUGGAGAGAGAAGCCGGCCUCCCCGAGGCUGGUGCAACAUUCGACCGAGCUCCGACCGAAAAGUCCGAGACCGAUGCGUUAGACUCAAACGCAGAUUUUUCCGAUGCGUACUAUAACCCCUACGACCAAUAUCUGCAAGUGCGCCCUGCAGAGGAGCUGCGAAGUCUGUUCAGCCACUUACCCGAAAGAUACCGGAGCUGGGUGGAAGGAGAGCAGCAAGACACUAGAACAGGUUCCGAUUACGGACGAUACGAAGCAUGGACUGGUCGGUCAGGCUGGACAAAAAACCACGACGAUGUGCCUUAUUCUAGUUCUAUUGCUGUCUCGUCACGGUGGAAUCAUCACCGACCUGAAAGUCGCCACGACUAUUCAACCGGUCGCGGUUUCGAUACCGGAGACGCAUGGACCCAAACCCAGCACAGGGCGGAGCGCGCGUCGACAGGUGGGGGAAAAAAUACUCAGUGGAAAUACGGGGCGGGGGGGCCACACCCAAGUGAUGAAGGUACUGCUGCUUGAGGAUUCCCCUCGGGAAUGUAUACAACGACAACGUGUGUAUUCUCCCUUUUGAGUCUGAUGAUCUUUACGCACCGCACUUAUUUCUAUCGCUUGAUGCUUUCAGUGACUACGUACGAGUACAAGAAGACUUUCAUGGUUUGAACCCGGCUGAUUGUGAUAUUCUCCUCCUCUUAAUCCUUCAGGUUCCUGGUCGUCCUGGAAAGCAGAGGGUGGCUACACCACUGCGCACGUCGACGAACGGAAUACGCGAGAGCGUUACAAGGCAUCUUCUUCUUCCGGCCCUCGACGACCUCAACGCAAUGGCCACAGAGAGCGAGAAGCCACCGCACCAAGGACAAGGACGAAGGCGUACACAGACAGAUAUGGCAGGGAAUGGCGGAAAGUUGCAUAGAUUGAUAAACAAGCACGGCGGCUGUAGUCUACUUCUGUCCUCAUAUUUCAGAGCUACAAGAAUAAUUUUAGGCGAAUUUCUUAUUGUCGGUCGUAAGGCCGUAAACAUGUAAUUUCAUAUGACACCCGAGAUUUUCUUAUCUUUUCGCUCUCGAGGCGACACACCAAUGUCCUGGCGCAGCCAUUCUUUUUCAUGCAUGUCGCUUCUAGAUGAGUCGAUGCAUAAUUUUGAAGGCAAGACAGCUGACCGCUGCCUACUGUCAACAUGUCUGAUCAUAUAGAAGCGCCGUCUUUUUUUGUUUUUCUGCUUCUUGCGCUUACGUUCCUGCUAAAAUCAAUGCACAUAGCAGGUCGUAUGAUCUUGUUCUACAACUUCGCACAGUUUUUAGAUGUUCAGACGCACCAUUUCACUUCACAUAUAGUAGGUACUUAUGUGCUUACAUCUUUCAUCUUUAACUGUGCCUACUAACGCCUGC